AUGCCCACGCCAAAAGAACGCACAAUUUAUUGUGUCUUCUCCUUAUUUGCUCUUUUCGUAGCGAAUAGUAGCGAGCUCUUCAUUGCGAGUGUGCGUUAUGAAGACACCGGCGCCUACACGUGCAUCGCCAAAAACGAGGUGGGAGUGGACGAGGACAUCUCAUCUCUCUUUGUUGAAGAUUCUGCCAAGAAAACUCUUGCAAACAUCCUUUGGAGAGAAGAAGGGUUGAGUGUGGGAAACAUGUUUUAUGUGUUUUCUGAUGAAGGCAUCACAGUCCUUCAGCCCAGUGAAUGUGAAAUACGGCGACAUAUGAAGCGGACGGAGAGGAUUGUCGCCACAUACGAGGAGAUGUGCCCUAAAGGUGAGGGGGUGUCACCCCAGCGCUGUGUGUGGUCUUCAGCAGUCAACGUCAGGGAUAAAUACAUCUACGUGACCCAGCCCCUUCAGAGCAGACUACUAGUUGUCGAUAUUCAGGCCCAAAAAGUGGUUCAGGCUGUAGCAACAGAUCCAUUUCCUGUGAAGAUGCUAUACGACAAGUCUCAUGACCAGGUGUGGAUUCUUACAUGGGGGGACAUGGACAAAAGCCACCCAACACUCCAGGUAAUUCCUCAAACCAGUGUGGGUGAAGUUCAUCAUGCCAUUCGAACCACAUUCCAAAGGGUGAACGACUUCUUCAUCCCUCCGACUAACCUCAUCAUAACUCACGUGAGGUUUGCAUUUGUCUUCCUCAAAAAUGAGCCGGCGGUCCACAAAAUUGAUCUUGAGACGUUCCACCGUGUCAAGACCAUCAGCCUGAAAAACUACAGCUGCAUCCCCGCCAGCAUGGCCUAUACACACUUGAGCGGCUUCUACUUCAUCCAGUGCCAGAGCAAGAGCCUUCUGCAUGCUCCAGCUCAGCUUCUCAUCGACAGCGUGACAGAUGCUGUUAUUGGGCCGAAUCAAAACGUCACGGGUCAGGCUUACGUGUCGCCAGACGGUCGCUACGUAGUGACACCAGACCCAUGGAGCUCUAAGCUGACGGUACAGACAGUGUCCUUCCAGGGGGAGCUGAAACUGAACCAAGAAAUAGAUGAGCCCAUAAAUGUCUCCGAUAUGGUUUUCCAGCCUUCUUUCACGGAAUCAAACCAACAUGUGGUUGUGGCCGCCUCCAGGUCGGGCUCAGACCUGCUGUUUGCUGAUCUGUCGUCAGGCCGCACAGAGGUAUUGCGGAGUCUCAAAGAGCCUCUCUCUCCCCAGGCCUGGCCCUGGGGGGGGCCCAACCGAGUGAUAGUCUCUAGCGGGUUGUUUGGACAGUAUCUGGUGACGCCAUCAGUUGAGUCCCUCUUCAUCCUCAAUGGCAAACAGAGAACACCACACUGCGAGGUAUCAGACAUCAAAAGGGCCAACACAGUUGUCUGGGUUGGUGAGUUAUGAGUAAAAAAGAAAAGUGAAAAAAAAAUGAAGACUUAGAAUUAGAAGCAAAUGAGAAAGGGAGAAAUCAGGCCAAAUUACCUAUCAUUAAGAUUUAUGUGAACAUAACUUGUGGACCCGACCCUGGGACUGAGCGAAAGGGUUAACAUGCCUGAGUUUGCUGUAACAAAAGUACACUUAAAAUAGAGAAAAUAUUAAGAAAAUCUGUUGUGAUAUUGCUAUUGGGAGAAAGUGUCAAUGCCGUUCAGUGCAACAGUGAUCUAUGUGCACUUUGCAGAAUUGUAAAUUAUUGCACUUCCUUCCAUGUUAUCACAGCAAAUAGGUACCUGAAGAGGCGAAAGUAACAACUAUGAACUAUGCACAAUGCUCACUUUUUUUUAAGAAUAAAAAGCUUUCCAGUUUUGUUAAUCUCAUGUUUGUCGUUUUCACCAGUGCUGCAUAUAGUCACCACAAACAGUAUGUCUUGUCUGCCUCUAGUGUGUAGUGUUCUGAGUCCUUUUAAAGCUAACCACAACAUCCGUUCACUCGCCUAUGUCAUGGUAUUGUACUGUACUCUCUCUGAAAGCUUUCAUUAUCAUACUGGCAGAGGUUGGCUUCAUGCACUUAUGUAAUUCCCUCUAUUUCCGUUGCCUAUCCAAAGAGUCCAAUUGGUCCAUUACUCAACUAUGGAUGUUUCGGUCGUACAGGAAACAAAAAGAACAUUGAGUGAUCUUUGUAGUGGUAUAAUGGGUCCCCGCUGUCACUCAUGUUUACUACAAACCUGUAGCACAGCUCUGUGCUGUGAAGCCUAAAAAUGCCACUUAGCAGAUCCCCCUCGGCGUAAUGACUCCGGUUUAUGCUAACCUGUAUGCUGAGGUCGAGGCAAAGCAGCAUCAUUUAUGCUAUGUGAUAGGCUGUGAGCAUUUGUGCACCCAUUCAGAAUAACAACAAAAUCAAACUUUCUGAAAGGCACACUGCUACUUCUCAUGUGGCAGACAAAAGUACACCUACUCUUACCGUGUGAAGGUUUAAAGUCCUUUUAAUGAGGUGCCAGCAUAAGCAUUUUGAGUCACACAGGUGACUGACAGCUCAAAUCAGUUGGACAGGGAACACCACUGCAUUUUAUGACCAUCUCCUAUCUCUUGGAAAGGACUUUAAAUCACAACAAAAGUACUCACGAAAAUUUUUGUAGUUUAGAAACCUUUUGAAAACAUGCAACUAAAACACAAGCCAGUUCUGUGUCUCAAAGCUGAGUAGCUCUUUGAAAACAAGGUGUACAAUUAGCAAUAUGUAAUUUAUACAAAACCGCUGACUUUUAACCUACAUUUGCAAGUGUUUAUAAUGGUUAGUAAAAGAUCCUAUAGAUUCUUGUGAAAAUUCACUAAACGAAUACCAGCAACUCUUUUUGUCUGAGAAUAGCACAUUUUAUCUGGUGUAACUGCAUAAUUCUUGGUGUAAUUGUGCUUCUCCACUUGCACUAAUCAUUGCAAUGAUGAGCUUUUAGAAGCCAGUCAGCACUGGAGAUUCUGUGCUUUUGUAAUAAUGACGGAAACAAGAAUGCCUCACUAAGCAUUUUUGCCUCUUGACAGCAGAGCUGUCCUAUACGCUAAUGCUUAGCUUGGACUACACGCAUAAUGACUUUCACAUAUUGGACUAAAUCGUCUGAUGAGCAGCAGCUUUUGUUCCAAAUUACAAGAUUUAUCAGAAAGCUGAUUCUAGGUCCAUUUGACCUUUCUCACUUGAUUAAGGAUAUUUAGAAUGAUAAAGCAGCACAGUUAUAUACUGCAUAUCAAAAUGUUUGCACACUUCAGCUUGUGGCCAACUUUGAACUUUACCUCUCCAGCGCCAGAAACGGAUUCAAAAAGCAACAUUAGCAACACGGCAGGUCUCAAUUACUAAAGGUUUUCCACUGUAAUCCCAUAGGCUGCGUAAACUAAGUGGACAUGGCCAGUACGAAAUCACCUAUAUUGUGUUAGUUGCUGAGCUUUAACUUCAACACUGGCACUUUUUAUUCACUAUGGCAGGAAAUUACCACAUUAGGCAGGAAUCCACUAAGCUGGAGAGCAAAACUUGAAAAUUAAAUAAAUAAAACCUUCCUACAGAAUAAUGCUAACACUGUCAUGUAUUAAUUUAAAACAUUUUAAUCACAAAGGGGUUUUUUUUUAAUGACUGGUGAAAAAUCUACUUCCGCAUGCUAAGUAGAGGCCUAAAAAUGUUUAUAAAAUUCUUUAGUGAUUGUAAAAGGAAGGAAAAAUUUAUAUAUUUAAAAAUGCUCAUCGUUCUGCUUUCCUGACAGCAAAACGUUGCUUCUUGUAACCAAGUGUGCUUUGAUCCUAAUCUCAUUAGCUGCAGUGCUUCUGAGGACAAAUUCAUUUCUCAAGUGAGCCAAAACUUUAACACAAGUCAUCUGAAUUUUGAUUUAUUUCCACUAAAUUCACACAAUGCCUUAAUCUAAAAUAUGUAGCCAAGAUGUUGACAUAACUUUGAUCUUUUAGAUCAUGAAGGCAGCUCACGUGUUUAGCAUUUUUCACAAGUGCAGCAUUUGUCAGAAGAAAAAUGGUAAAACUGUCAGGUUGUAAAACAGCUAACUUGUGCAUUUGGCUUUUGCCAUCAUCCGGGCUAAUGUCUGCAACAAGAACAUCUUUGUCACAGUUUAGUUUAAGACAGAAUGUAGUCCGUGUCCAUACGUUUUAUCAACAACCACAAGUUCAUCUUUUAGCUUUGACUGUGACAGAAAUAUUUUCUCUAAUUAUUAUAGAAUGUUUCCAAAGGUUGGGCACUGAGCUGAAUGAUGGGAUUUAUCUUAUAUGUGAGUAAAAGUUAAAAAGUUUAACUUUUAUGCAUAUUUCAAUGUUACAACCACAAAUUUCAAUGUACUUUGAUUUUCCAUGAUAGACCAUUAAAAAGUAGUGUAUAAUUGGGAGAAAAAUAAAUGGAUUAACAUAUUUCUUUGCUAAAAACAAGCUGAAAAUGUGCUGUAGACAUGUACCCCUAAAUACCAUCUAGUGCAACAAAUUGUCUUAUAAAAAAUGUCAUUAUUAAAUAGUGUCCACCUGUGUUAUGUCAUCUGAAAAAAAGUUAUGUGAUGGCUUCAGCAAUUAGAGAAAAAUUAGUAAAAGAACAACAUGAUGUUAGCAAAUCGCUCCAAGGAACAUAGACAUGUACUGAAGAUGUUUAGGAUCUUGUUUUCAAACCUACCCCAGCUUUCAACUUUGAAUAUCUCAUGGGGCAAUGUUUAGUCCAUCAUCUGAAACUUCAAAAAGGAUGACAACUGUAAACCUACCAAGCAGCCUGUAGAAACUGACAGGCCAGACAAAGGAAAGCUUUAAUCAGAGACGCAGCCAAGGGGCUCCUGUUAAUUCUGGAGCAGCUGCAGAGAUAAUACAGUAUAGGUGGGAGAAUCAGAACAAGUACAAGAUUCCACAUAUCUGGACUUUAUGGAAGCUAUGUGAGAAGAAAAUCAUUGUUCUGAGAAAGCCAAAAUAAAUCGUCAGUGUUCAUGGAGCGGUAUGAUAUUCUCAUAAUGAGUACCUUGAGUAAGAAAUUCAAGAUGUAUAGAAAUGAGAUUAGCUGCAGACUGCCUGUCUGGAUUGCUAGUUAGAGGCUCAGGCAGCAUGCUGCUUGCCAACUGUAGUUUCAAACGUUACCUUGAUAAGAGUGAUGGGUGGCUUUCAUUUCUUUUACACAUAAUGGCAGUCGGCUUCUUAGUGGCCAAAAUUUUGUGCUGUGUUGCUUCGUAC